AUGACGUUGGGUGCACAGACCGGUAUGAAGAAGACAAUUGAUAAUUGGUAUAUACCUAAGCUAGAGCUAAUGCAGAGCAUCACUGCCAGCACACAUAAAGUCGGAGCCCUCAUCCAGUGGUCUGUGGAUGCCACUGAACAUGCACAUGUGUCCGAAAUCAAGGACCCUGCACGACAAACCAAUAAUAAUGAUUAUGAUCCUCAGAUUUGCCGUCAUUUAGAUCAACAGGACAAGCUGUGGCGAUUUGCGAUUGCUAUGACGUUGAAGAGUGGUGUCCUUGAUCCAGACCCCAAAGAAUUACCUGUGGAUGAAGGAGACAAUGAAGACAUUGCUGAGUUUGAUGAACCAUCUACUGAUCAACAAACUGCACUCCUGGAGGGACUUAAUUGCACACAUGUCACUACUAACUACUUCAUCAAAGCUAAGGAGGCGGCUACUGUACCUCAUGGACCUAGCCCUCAUCCUCCUCGAACAUUUACCGCUGAUAAUACCACUAUCCAUCUAAAUUAUAGUCCAACUUGCACUGGAAUGAAGAUUGAUGAUGUCGCAGAUGAGUUCAACAUACAGGAUCUUCAUGAUGCUAUUUCAAACUUCUUGCGACUUGACGUGAGGAACAGAGAUGUGAUUCAUGGGGCUGGAGUCUCAAGAAGAUUGUUAAUCGACCGUCCUUCUACUCUGCCUUUUGAUCAUGUUCAAGUUUGGCACACAGUUCGCUUGCGGGAAGUUUCCUUCCAUGAUCCACAUGUCAUCUUACCAGUGCAAACCUUACAUGCCUCUCCACCAUGUCCUGGAUGGCUGAAAAGCCAAUGA